AUGCCUGGCCAACAAGACUUUGGCUCUUCUACCGUACCGUCCUCCAGUCAACCGGCGUAUCCUGGUGAUCGCGGCAAUCCGACUUCCCACCUUACGUCAUGUGAUGCGCCUGGGUCAGCACGACCGCAACACACGGACAUGUCGUUUGGAAAUACCUCUUCCUACGACGUCUCGGACUUUGACAAUACGCCAGACGCAGAAGCUCAGCGUGCUAUGCAACGCACGGAUCUGGAUGAGCUCCCUGUGUUGGCACAGAUUCCAGACCCUCGCGACGCACGCUUGAUCACAGAGCAUGGGGUGGACUUGACCGAAGCUGGAGUUUCCGCCUUUACUGCUGUGUCGCAAUAUCCGAACGCUUACGCGGAUGAGAAUGAGUCGGCAACUUUCGCCGUGUCAGAAGUCGUCAACGCCGUGAUUGCUCGGGAGGAUUACUUUCGCGCCGGAGGGAGACAUAUUCAGACCGCUCCAGUCGACCGCUCGUCAUCUCCGCCGGCAGACGUGUACAUGUCUGACUCUGAUACGACGGAUGUUCUAGGGUAUCCAGGUGGCGUGCCCAUCGGAGCAUAUAUGAGCGGUGGUAGGAUGGGCAUGGACAGCCUUUCGCAUCGGCUUGUGGCUGACCCGGCCUCAGGGCAUCUAUUUUCCACCAUUGCGGAAGAGAGCGAUGAGGACGAGGUAGGGGACCUAGUCAUGGACUACGAGUCGCCAAUGGCAGGGAAUGGGUUCGGUAUGUCUGAUCGCGAGGACGAUCUCGAUGACACGCAAAAGUUCUACCUCGACCAUGACGAUGAAUUCUACGAAGAUUAUGUCGAUCGCAUUCGAACUCGUGAAGCGACAGGCCAUCUUUCCGACGUCGAUUUCAAUGAUUUCUACAGGGCCUUUGAUUAUGGUCAGAUUCCGUUGGUCACGGAAGGUGGUACUACUGCUGAGCCCGACGAGCACAAUGACCAUAUUCCUGAAGGCGAGGAGUUGAACGGGGAGCAACUGGCGGACAAUCACAUUCCUGCAUCUGUGAUACACGGGACAACCCAUGAAAGGAAUUUUAACAUUGACCAGUUCAUCAGUCAGUGGGUAUUAGAAGCCUCCGGACUUCCAGCAUCGCGCCCACCCGUAAUAUCCAGGUUACUGCCCUCGCAUCCCGUAUCUAGAAUCCUUGACUGGACACCGCCAGAGAGGAUCGUCCGGCCUAGGGGAUAUAAGAGAGAGUUCUACGAUAUCCAGCAAAUUCCCUGGUGGGACGCACUUAAGAUCAAGCGCUCGGAUGCUCGCGAGCUACGAGAUCUCUGGUAUACCUCCUAUCACAAUGUGGAAUAUCCGCAUCACCCAACAGGAGCCAGGCUUCCGCAGAGCGAGUGCUAUUUCCGGGAAGAAUCCAUGCACACCAAACAUCGCGCCACCAUUGAGCACUUCCAGCUUCGAAACUUGAUGUCCGUCCCCGCGUAUAAUACCGUUCAUUUCUCGCACGAAUCCAAGGUCUAUUCAUGGGUGCCUGGGUAUGAUGACCUGAGUUGCUUGGUCGAUCUAUCCAAGCCAACGAUAGCCUCCGGGUUUCACAACCCGGUCAAGAUCUCGAGCAUGAAAUCCGCGCAUGAUAUUUGUAUUGCGGGCGGGUUUACCGGAGAAUACGCCCUGCGACGGUCAGUGAUGGAGGGCUCAGGGGUGGAAGGAUAUGUGACCAAGAAUCCCAAUGGCAUUACCAACCACAUCGAUAUCGUUCCCAGCCGGACGAGUCACGCUCCGCUGGGCAUCUUUGCGUCGAACGACCAGCAUCUCCGCGUACUGGACAGCGAGACGAACACAUUUAUCGCGGACCACGAAUUGUCGCGAGCCAUCAACUGCACUGCCACUUCUCCUGAUGGUCGGUUGCGCGUGGUGAUCGGCGAUUCCCCAGACGCCUGGGUCGUGGAAGCAGACACGGGGCGGCCGGUGCAUCCGCUCCGGGGCCAUCUUGACUUCGGAUUCGCGUGUGCGUGGUCACCGGACAUGCGACACAUUGCCACGAGCAACCAGGACAAGACGGUGAUCAUCUGGGAUGCGCGCACCUGGCAGAUCCUCCAGCGGAUCGAGUCGGACGUGGCGGGCUACCGCUCCGUCCGAUUCUCACCCGUUGGCGGCGGGCCGCGCACGCUGCUGCUGGCCGAGCCGGCGGACCGGAUCGCAAUCGUCAACGCGCAGACAUAUCAAAGCCGACAAGUGCACGAUUUCUUUGGCGAGAUUGGCGGAGCAGACUUCUCGCCGGAUGGCAGCACGAUAUGGGUGGCGAACACGGACGAGCAUUUUGGUGGGUUCAUGGAAUUCGACCGCCGACAAUGGGGCCAGGCACACGGGCCCCGGGGACAGCCGAACGAGUGGGUGCGCGAGUCGGAGCUGGAUGAGGACGAGCGAUGUGUGCUCAGUGAGCGGGAGCGGCAGAUGCGGUUCUGGUGGAACCUGAGCGACGAGGAGCACGAGGCAUUGCUGCUGUAG